UUUUGUUCUUUGUAAGUUGAUGGGCCACUCUAUAAGGGCCGCCAAAUGAGCAGCGACGCUCCUCUGGGUGUAAACUGUGGAUUUGCGAACUUGAAGGGCUCUUGAGUACAAUGGACCCCCCCUUUUUACAGCGACACAACGUACAGAUAAUUUUGUAUGGAGCAAUAAAUUAUAGUACACACAAAAAACAUUGUUGACCAUUUAGGCUUUACAAAUUACAUAUCUUAUAGAAAUGCGUUUAAUUAUUCGUUGUGUGAUAACUAUAGUAUAAAAUAUAUCGAUAAUUGUGCACAUUUUACAUACUUUUUUGCCCUACUGUAAUUAUUAAUUUACAAAAUAUACAGGAUGGGACUUUUAUUCUAAAGGAUUCCAAAAAUCCAUGACCCGGAAGUACUUAUCUAUUAUUGCUUGAUUUACAGCGGUAAUUGAAGCUACUAAGCAGGAAUCCAACAAAUCAUUAUUGCAUGAUUAUCUCUGGUAGAUCUGAAUGCCUUCCAGACAGAUUGACAGUGUCUUCUAAUAUGAUGAGCUGGAUAAAUUAGAGGCUACUUCAGAGCAUCAAUCCAGAUUGACAGUGUUGUUGGUUUGCUCUUUCCCUGGGAUAACGUCGGAGACCAAUCUGCUAGACGGGCUCCAGAGCAGAGGCCUCUCUAACUCCAACCACCCCAUAAGUAACCCUGAUAUGGAUGGAACCAAUGACACAGAUGGGUCCAACCAACCAGCUGAGGUUAAUCAGGAGUCUCCUGCCGGGCAGCAGGCCAUGGGGGGAGAUGUUGAGGAGAACAACAGCAGUGGGAAUAGCCAGAACCCUGGAGAGAGAAAAGCCCAAAUGCCACCGCUGAAGCCUCCCUCCACGUGGACGUCCAUGGCGAUGAAGGAGCUCAAGUCCAAGCUGCGACUGGAGAAGGACAGUGUGGUGACAGUGAACCGAGGAAACAUUAUGACAGUGCAUAUGCCCACUGUUCCUGAGGGAAAGCGGGUGUGCUGGGAGUUUGCCACAGAUAGCUAUGACAUAGGCUUUGGAAUCUACUUUGACUGGAACCCUGUCACCAACCGGGCCAUCACGGUCCACAUCAGCGAAUCCAGUGAUGACGAAGAGGAGGAAGAUCAGCUAGAAGGACUUGUCAACACAGGGGAUGUUGAGAAGGGGUCUAAAUCAUUGGCUAACUCCAACCUAGGGGAAAUAUUACCUGUGUAUCGUCAGGACAGUCACAUGGCAGUGCAAGGUGGUAGUCACGAGUAUCCAGGAGAAGGCACUUACCUUCUGAAGUUUGAUAACUCCUACUCAUUAUGGAGAAAUAAGACUCUGUACUACAGAGUGUAUUACAGUGCCUGAGGAGCUGUAACCGUCAACUAUUGCAUAUGAAUGUAUGACUUCCAAGAAUUAUAUCUGUUUUUGAUUCCAUAGAAUAUGUUAUGGUUAAUUAUAGGUGCAUAUAUUUUUCAUCAUAAUCAGCUGGUGUUGCUCGCUCUUAGGCUACACGUAAAAUCUGAGAGGACCAGAGAAUUAUGAAGUGGGACAUUUUGCUCAUAUGUUUUAGUGUUUAUAGAGCAAGAUUUGACGAAGCCUUGUGUUUGUGCCAUGUUCUGUUUAAAAGUUAUGUGCAGUGAGUUAAGGCAAAUUGCCCAUAUUUUAAACAUAUUUUAUAUAUAGUAUAUAUUAAUCAAACACAACAUUUCUGUGGCGGCAGCAAUCAAGGAACACUGAUAAAAAGAUGAUUGCUAGGUGGAAAGCUUAAUCAGGAGAGGUGCGCCAAAGAACUGUAAAUAUUAUUUUGUUUUAUUUUUUGCUACACAUUAUUUGCUAUCAUAUAACGUUAAUGUGUACUUCAUGUAUGUCGCUUUUUUGCCUUAAAUAUUUUUUGUAUGAUAAUCCAACUGCAGUUAAACCAAUAUUCCGCACAACAAUUCAAUUGUUUUUCUGCAUACUGUGAUUAGAAUGAGUGAUGAUUGUCAAUGAAAGUAUAUUGAAUGUUGCUCCGAGUCCAAUGCUAAAGCAAAUUGUCACAGCCUGUCUUUUAUGACACAAAUAAAAGCCAUCCCCUAUCACAAAAAGCUUGUAUUAUGUUACAUUGGUUCAAUAUUUACAUUGCCAAGUCCCUGUUUAGUUUGCUGGUUGUCAGGCGUUGGGUAGAUCUUUGUGGACAAUAGCAUAAGACUAUUGUAGAUACUAACAGAUUGAAUAUAUUUCUAUACUGAAUAAAAAUAUAAACACAACAUGCAACAAUUUCAAAGAUUUUACUGACUUACAGUUCAUAGCAGGAAA